CUUGAUAUACUUUGACCUACUACUACUACAUACACGGGGUAUCAUCACUAUUAGCACCUUUGAUCGAUAUGGCCACCUUCUCUCGUCUGGUUCGUUUCUUAGCCAAGGACGGCCAGACUUACUAUGGAGACGCCCUAUUGUCAGCAGGCGUGAGCGACAUUGCCCAAGCCACGAGAGCACGGGUUAUCCGGGGCGAUAUUUUCGGACAGCACCAAGUCACAGACCAAACUGCUGAUAUCAAAAUGCUCCUGGCGCCGUUGGCAAGAAAGGACAUUGGGACCGUGCGUUGUCUGGGACUCAACUAUGAACAACACGCCAUAGAAUCAAACCUACCCUUGCCCAAAUUUCCAGUUCUCUUCUACAAGCCCGUCACCUCUGUUACGGGGCCUACAGAUGAUGUCCCAGUAUCCCGCAUGGCCCAACAGGGUGAGGGUUUGGACUAUGAGUGUGAAUUGGUUGUCGUUAUCGGCAAGGAAGCUAAGAAUGUGCCCGAGAGUCAGGCCCUGGACUAUGUUUUGGGUUAUGCCGUUGGAAACGAUGUCUCUCAUCGUGAAUGGCAGCUGAAGCAUGGUGGAGGGCAAUGGGGGCUGGGCAAGGGCUUCGACGGAUGGGCGCCCUUUGGACCAGGUAUUGUAUCUUCGAAGCUAAUCCGUGAUCCCAACAACUUGCAGAUUUCGACAAAACUGAAUGGUCAGACGGUUCAAUCAUCAUCCACCAAGGAUAUGAUCUUCAAUGUGGCCAAGACAGUGUCGUUCUUAUCUCAGGGUACCACCUUGUUGCCCGGGGAUGUAAUCUUUACAGGAACACCCCAAGGUGUUGGUAUGGGUCGAAAGCCGGCGCUCUGGCUCAAGGAUGGUGAUUUGGUUGAGGUUUCUCUUGAGGGUGUCGGAUCAUGCCUGAAUCGCAUUGUCUUCGACAAGCCCUCUUCUAAGCUCUGAAUCAAUA